AUGCCCCAUAUAACCCAGCUCCCAUUCGCGGUACCAGACGACAGCUUUGACACGCAUGUCCAUGUGUUUGACCCGUCAGUCGGACCUUACGCUGAAUCUAGAGCAUAUACCCCCGCAGGUGCUCCCAUGGAGGAUCUUAUCAGAUUUUCGUCAACAUUGAACAGUUCUAGCAAUCCACUGAACUUGGUCCUGGUUCAGCCUUCACCAUAUGAUACUGAUAAUCGGGUGUUGCUGCACUCCUUGCAAAAAUUGAACAGUAGCUUCGCCAUUUUCGCUCGAGGCAUCGCUGUGGUCAACGUUCUGAACAUUACACGCGAUGAAUUGCUACAGAUGCACCAAGCUGGUGUACGUGGCUUGCGAAUAAAUCUACAAUCAGAUGGGAAAGGCGUGAACUUGGAGAAACUAAAAGAGACACUUCUCGUCGCAGCUGAGAAAAUUCAAGAUCUGGCAGGUUGGAGGCUACAGAUCUUCGCCCCUGCUGCUACUUGGGAUGGUCUCUAUGAAUUUGUCUUGAAACUACCUAUUGAGAUUAUUGCUGAUCAUGUCGGUGGGCUGCUGGGUUCAUCCAAACUUGGGAGUGGUGAUGCUGGGGAUGAUGCAGCAGCACUGUCGCAGCCUGGGUUUGAGAGCCUUCUGCACCUUGCUCAACACCGCCGCGUAUGGAUCAAGAUUUCUGGUUUAUACCGUGCAUCGUCGCGGUCAGAAAAUGGCUACGAUGACUUAGAAACCAUCAUGCGCCGUUUGUUUAAGGAAGUGCCCGAUCGUUUAAUCUGGGCUAGUGACUGGCCACACACAGGAGAGGGUGCGACCCGAGCCAAGAAGGACGCGGCCAAACGGCUGGCCGAAAUUGAACAGUUCCGUACGAUUGACAACUUCGGCAUCUUGCAAUCUCUCAGAGAUUGGGCGGGAGGCGAUGAUGCCUGGAGGAAGAUGAUGGUUGAAAAUCCGAGAAAGCUAUUUACGUCAAGUGUAUGA